CGCUUUUCGUUGAGAAGUCCAGCAGAGGGGUCAUUGCCACUUCUUGUCAGUGAGGAAGCUGCCAGUGUCAACAGUGCCAAAGAAAUCGAAGUCUACAGGAGGAGUGCAAUUACCAGUAGUGACCUGAGUUUGUGUUAGGUGCAUCUAAUGCCAAUUCCAGAUGUCAUUCUAAUGAUCCGGAAACAAUGCCGAGCUAUUUAAAGGAAAGUGAAAAUUCUCCCAAGGGAACUGCUCCUAGUUAUGGGAUCGUUGUGCAUGUAUAUAAACCAGAGAGUAAAAAUGCCCUUCCUAGUGAUCCGCACACCUUCGUAACAUUUACUGAUACAAACAAAGAGUAUACCUUCGAAAAGUUAUGCAUUGAGACGGCAAAGAAAUGUAAGAUUGGUCCCUCAGCCCUCCAACUCUUUGGAUUGGUCAGUCUGAAAGAUUAUCAACUAUGGCCACCAUUAAGUUUCAGCAUAACACCUCCGGCAAAUGAACGCUUGGAAUAUGUGUUUCGAAUUCGGUACAAACCAUUGCUGGAAAAACUAAACACGAUAUGGCUGCGCGACAAGGAAGUGUUCAUGUAUCUGUAUUAUCAGAUGUUGGACGAUUUCGUUACGGAGCGGUUAAGCGACAUGUACUUCCAGAAACUGGAGCAAGAGCAGCAGCUUGGCCAUGCCUUAAAUGCUCUUGUCAUGUAUGGAAAAAUCAACAAAAUACCUAUGGAGAAGCUUCGAAAUGACUACACGUUGUACUUGAAAUUCCUACCGAAAUCAUGCAAGCAAGAUUUCAAGGCUUUGACCCCAAAAUUGCGGCUGCAGAGCUCGUUGAAGAGUUGGGUUGAGACUGAAUACAAUGACAAAGAAAAGGAGAAAGCAGAACUUCAUUGUCAUUGCUUCAUGCAUGAUCUGCUGGCAAAACAGACAGAGUAUAUGAUGGAGCGGUACGAAGUUGACAGCGAUCGUACCAAAGUCCUCUUCAUUGACCACAAGGGCGUAUAUUCCAGCAGUGGUGGAAAAAAGCCAGAGACUUUGUUAUGGACGAUUGAUGAGGUGAUGUCUGGUCACCUGAAUGCAGAGAAAGGAGCCCUGAUUACCCUGCGGCAUACACCACCUAAAGUGUUUUCAUUCCCAAAGAAGGAGUAUGCUGAGUCAUUCCUUGCCGCCCUCGACGGUUACUACCGUCUAAUUGUCAACUAUUACCACCAGCUGUGCAUGACCAUGGUCAGCCAAGUCAGUCAGUAUAUUAGUCCACGUUCCCUGAAGAAGCUGAAAGACCUGAGAUGGCAUGGACCUAUAAGAUAUGAGGAUGCCUGUAACCUGUUAAAAGACAAGGAGGUUGGUGCCUAUAUUGUCAAGCAAGAUACAGCUAGAUUUGAUACCCACGCCAUCACAGCCAAGCUACAGGGUCGACCGAAACCUUGCACAAUUCCAUUCCGCUAUGAUGAAAAUGACAAGAUCAUAGUCAAUGUUACGGGAAAGGACGUUGUGUUUAGCUCUUUUGAGGAGAUGCUGAAGAAUUAUGAAUUGACUGAGCGUCUGCGACCAACAGAAGAUGACAAAAGUCUGCUGUUGUGUAAGUCAAAAAAGAUUCAAGAAGAACUGGACCCUGACAUGUCACCCACUGCAAGUGUAGGCAAGGGGCCCCGGCAGGUUACAUGUGCUCUUGAUAGCAGUCUAGAUAUUGCAGAAGUUGUUGGGAAAGGCGUGUUUACUCAAGUGUUAAGGGGCAAGUUCCACAGAGGUGACGCUGACCUUGAAGUGGCCUUGAAAAAAAUAUCCGAUGGGGUGCACUAUAGCGACAUAGGCCACCUGAUGGAGGCUCUCCAGCAAGGUGUUCAUCGGGCGAUGCAGUGGUCUAACCCAAACAUCUUGAAAGUCCAUGCCGUCUGCCUAUCUUCUCCAUUCCGUGCCGUGAUUGAGUACGCCCCACAAGGCUCCCUGAACGACUACCUGAGAACUGUCAAUGAGCCUAUAUACUUGACACAUCUCUACACUGCAGCCUACUAUCUUUCCCUCGCUCUUAGCUAUUUGGAUGAAGUAAAGAUUCCACAUGGCAAUAUCCGCUGCCGAAAUGUCCUAGUCCUGUGGCACAACGAGAUGGAAGUCAAGGUCAAACUUGGUGACCCUGGUUUGUCUAGUCUCUACAGCUUUCAUCGCAUCAGUGACCCGGUCAAUCAAGAGAGGUCCCCAUGGUUGGCCCCAGAGCUGAAGGAUCCCUUGGUGCCAACGAUCCAUUCUGAUAUCUACGCCUUCGGAACAACGUUGUGGGAAAUAUUCAUGUUUGGAGAGCUCCCUCGUCCCAAUGAUACCCAGGAAGACAGGCUUCAAAAACUAAGAAAGAACGUGGACACCCCGGAUGCUAUUUUCGAACUGUUGAACGAAUGCUGGGAAGAAAAUGUGGAAAAAAGGAAAAAUACGCAGGAAAUUAUCCGUGAUUUCUGGGCCAUGAUCCUGGCAGUCGAUCCCCAAUAUGGCACCUACUACACCAUUGCUGAUGAUGAGGAGGAAUCCAGCGGCAUGCCUGACCUACAACGCUUGCAGCAGAACAGCGCCGCCUCCUGGAACAGCUCUAACGCUAAGAACCCGUUGAUGAAGAAACCCAUGCUAACCCUCGGCGCCACUAAACCGUUAGAUAAUCACAACAUUCCAAGACUUUCGCCGCCUCCUACUCCAAAGGAAUCAUUUCUAGUGCGGCUGCCGAUGACGAGCGGCGGAGGGAGUAUGAUGUACGGAUCGCAAUCCCAUUUCCGUUUCGACGCGCCCAACCCACACAACGUCUCGUCCAGCACUUUCGGUAGUCUCAUGUCGCCGACGUCUUCUCUACACAGCCUUCAUGUUGACACGUCGUUCGGUGCGACGUCCACGACGCCCCUCUUGGGGAUGAUCUCACCCGAAGGCCAGGGCGGCUUCUCACCAUCAUCAGGGGCGACCAUCACUCCGCCAAUACAUUCUGGCAUGUCUGGUGAUUACUGUGACAGCACCAUGGACAGCCAAGAACCCCUUCUGCCACCCAAGAGGAGAGACAUGCCACACUUCCAAUCUCAUCAGAACCAGCAUGGCCAUCACAACUCCCACAACCCUAACUUGGUGUCACCUGAGCUGCCGUCCCCCUCGACCAGCUGUGAAACCAUUGACACUGGUAAUACCUGCAACAGUCAACAGCCGCUUAUCAAGACUAGAACCGACCCGCCCUCCCUUCCCAGGAGAAAGACCCAACAGCAUACAAAUCCAAACUUCAGAUUCAGUGACAGCAGUCAAGAAUUGGACGACAACACGCGUAGUUUAGCGAGGAGUUGUGAUGAAUUGAGUGCCCAUCACGGGGGUCGACCACUACCAACACCACCGAUGCAGUCCCACAAGUUAGAAUAUGUCAUCAAACGAAAAUUACUGAUCUUUGGUGAAAAACCCAAGCGAUUAGGAUCUGGAAACUAUGGCUCAGUAUUCCGGGCCACCCUCCUGCCCGACAAGAGCAAAGUUGACUGGGAAACUACACAGCCUGAGCAGGUGGCUGUCAAGAUUCUUUAUAAACAGGAGGACAAAUAUCGGAAAGAAUUUGAACACGAAAUCGAUCUGAUGACCAAUUUGAAGCAUGAAAAUAUUGUUAAGAUUGUUGGAAUGUGCUUAGAACAUAAAGACCAGCCAUUGCUUUUAGUUAUGGAGUAUGUUGAAAAUGGCUCCCUGCAUCGCUACCUCCGAAAGCAAAGAAAUUCAACAAGACCAAAAAUGAUGGAUCAACUGACCUGGUGUUUAGAAAUUCUCGAGGGAAUGCUGUACCUCUGGGAACAGAAAGUUGUCCACCGUGAUCUUGCCACCAGGAAUGUUCUUGUGACCAAGGACAUCAGUAUGAAGAUCAGUGACUUCGGUCUUGCUCGUACCCUUGAUCCUGAGAGGGACUAUUACAAGUGCAGAAACCCAAAGGCUGAAAUUCCAGCACUGUGGUGUGCUCCAGAGGGAUUGGAAUAUCGCAAGUUCACCACCAAAGGUGACGUCUGGAGUUACGGCGUGACAGUCUGGGAGAUAUUCAGUCUUGGAAAGAGGCCGAUCUUGUGUGAGGAUUUCAAGGAAAUGCUCAACAAACUUCAGAGUGGUGUCCGUCUAGAUCGCCCAGCGAUGUGCCCCCGGGACGUCUUCGAGAAAAUCUUAUUGACAAUGUGCUGGGAAUAUAAUGACGACCGACGUGCUGAUUUGCCGCAGGUUUAUUUGAAAUUACGCGAACUUAUCGCUGCCAAAGAGCAGGAGUCAUCUUCUGAGGAUGUCUCCAGUAUUUGUACUGAAACCACUGAUCAGACCCACAGUCCUGAGAGUCCUGACAAUGUAUCUGAGGCUGCCGCUGAUGCGGUGAUCUCGGAUACCUAACUUUCAUUCAGGUUUCCAUUGGUAACUGCCCUGAUUGCCUGACUGUAUAACUUAUCAUGUUUGCAUAUGUAGGAGAGGAAAUGCGCAACUGUGAGUUUGGCUGUGUCCCGGCCACCUGCUACUCUGAGAUGAGACCAGAUGAAAAGACAUUACUGGGUGGGCCGCGAUUCUCAACUUGUGCAGAUAUGCACCUGCAUACAGAUUAUGUAUUUGUUUGAACUUGUUUAAACUAGAAUGGAAGAUUGUUUAUUGUUUGGAGUUCGAACGACACAUGUUGUUCAAAUCUUGCCUUAUAAAUAGAAGUUUGGGGUCCAUUAGGACUGAAGGGAGAACAGGAUAGAUCCAAAUUCAGAGUGUCUUUUGUAAGAAGAGUCUUAAUAUGGAGUAAGCCUGACUUAGUUGUCUUGAGAAUGGGUAUAGGCCUUCUGUGAGCAUAAAUUUGGUAUUGUUGUACAUGUUACAAAAUUAAUGAAAAUAGGUCUUGUUGUGUUAGUAAGAUUACUAUGUCAGAUAUCACAAAAUACUAUUUGUUAUUUUUCCACAAAAUUUAUGACUUCGUUUAUUUUAAAUUGAAUUUAGGUUAUAGUAGUGCCUCAUGUUUAUUGCUGUCAAAUUUUUAUUCAUAGUGGUAUCAAAACGUUUUUUACUUUUUGUUGAAAGUACUUGCCACAACUAAUUCCCGCACAACUUCUUUUCCCUGAGAAUAUCAAGGAUUGUAGACCUGUAAAGAGAGAUAUUUUUUUAACCAUCUUUCUUUUGUUUGCAAUGAAACACGGUUGUUGUUUGACAACAAUGUGCAGUCUGCACUUUCGAGUUCUCAGAUUUUCUCCUCCGAGUACAUAAAUAGUGCAUGCAUUUCGUCCUUUGGGGGUUAAACGAUAUAUCAUGAAACACAUAUUAUUGUGAGUUAAGAAUAGUCCUGGAAAGUUGUGACAGAAAUAGAGUAGCUAAGUGUGACUUUGUCAGAUUAUGUUUUGAAUGAUGGAAAAACUUUUUCUGUGAUAAUUAAUCUAUAGUUAUUAGAUUGAAUUCUUGGGCCUUCAAGACUUAUAACUUACUGCUAAGUACCUCGUAUCUAAAGUCAUUAUACGUACAACAAGUGUCCAAGCAUCAAUUUUCAUCCAAAUUGUACUUUGAAAAUGAAUUUUCGAGUAUUUUAUCUAGGGAUCUGGAUUUUGGAUCAAGGACAUGUAAAAAUGUUGUGGGUUGUGCUAGCUUAGAUGAGUGUUUAAAAUGGUGUAACACACAUCCUGGUCAACCUGCUGUUCACGAAUGCCCCUGUAUCCAGUCACGUCAGACCAGUCCCUUGAACAAAAACCAUCAGACCUUUCACAUUUUUACCCCAUUGCUGAGCCUAUGCGAUUCAAUACAAUGAGGCAAACGCAUCUGGAGGUCUUAUUUAUGAUAUCGAAAUUUAAAGGUUCUGUACACAGUGUUGACUGCCCCCAUUUCUUAAUGUUAAGCACUUGGCAGAAAUCCCGUUUCUACUUCUCUGACACUUCAAUGUGUAUUCAAGAUAUUCCAGAAACUUGACAGUGAGACUUCGUGAGUAUAUAAGGAGUUAUUGUAUGCUCCUCUGUCCCUGCAUGUGUGCAGGGAUGGAGGAGAAAACCUGAUGCCAUAUUUACUGAGGAUUGGGAAAUAGAAGAUCUGAGUCUGGUUACAGACAUUCCAACAUAUUGGUAUAUACAAAAAAGUCAAAACUAUCAGCAUUUCGUGCAUUUGUACUUAAUUGAAAGCUUGUUGAAAUGGAUGGAAGUUUAUAUCAAAUUGUAAGUUUAUUUUUGUUUUACUCAAAGAUUCUGUGAUUAAUUUUGGCAUGGUUUUGACUAUUUCCUCACUGCUCGAGGAGAAACGUAUUCUGUAUAAAUGUGUUUGCAAGAAGUAACGCUAUUUGUUAAUGGUGUAUGUAUUGUCAUAUCAAGGUAAUGCUCUUUAGGAAUUGUCUCAAAAGUGAAUUGUGCCCAAGCAACAAAAUGAUUUUUUCUGUUGGUCGUCUUGGCCUUAACAUUUUGUGUGUUCUAGAAUAGCAUCAACUUUAAAAAAUAGAAAACGUUUGAUAAUUCAAUGCACGUUUUUACAUCAUUCAUUUCUGAGAUGAUCCCUUGUCAAAGUGAUGUCAUCUAUUGAUGGUGUAAGGUGUGGAUGGGCUUCCUUUCAUCGUGGUUUCAACAUACUAUGGACACUAAAGCCAUAAAUUCUUAGCUCUUCCAACUCUGUGUAGCCUACAAACUCAUUACUUUUCACUAGGCUGUAAAAGUAUAUCUGUAUUUCCUGUAGAAAGUAGUAAUUUGGUGUUUCAACAACUAAGACACUUCUUGAAAAAUUUACUGGGGGUAUUCCAAAUAUAUUCCAAAAAUGUAUGACAUGUGUUGUGAUAAAGAAUUACCAAUUUCCUGUCUGGUGUAGAGGGAUGCUAGAAAAUUGUAACAAAUUAUUCUUUUCAGAACAAAUUUUAAUAGGUCACAGUAAAUGUGGGACGAUGCCAUAUUUUAUUAAUUGUCUCUUUUUGAUGCAUCAUAUUCAAGAGUCGAGGGGGUGUUUGAAAACUAUGGAAAAUAACUGACAGUUACACUCAAAUAGAAUUUUUGUUUCUGAAAUGAUGUUAGAGAUUGGAAGGGUUACGGCCCAUUUCGCCUACUCCCAUUUCGCCUAAUUCUCAUUUCGCCUACAACCCAUUUCGCCUAAUUCUCAUUUCGCCAAAACCCAUUUUGCCUACUCCCAUUUCGCCUACUUCCCAUUUUACCUGCUGUAGUAUGGUUUGCCCAGAUAGUGGUACUAUAAAACUUUGUGGAUAAUGUGUAAAUAUUUUAAGUGGGUGUCUGCUAAGAAAAGGUGGGGUCCGAUAGAAGUACAUGUAGUUUCAAAUUAUAGCAGUUAAGGUGAAGAUAAAUGAGAUUUCUAAAGCAUUAUUCUUUGCAUACUUGUGCUCUCUUUAGAUAAACAAUACAGCCAUUUAACAAGUUACUUAUUAUUAAUAAGUAACUUGUUAUUGCCUGGCUAUAACCUUUUACAAUAGGGAGCACGCUUCUGAGCACCCCGUACACUGUUGCUAUCACCUGCAUUGUCCCCAUUCUUGAUGCGGUAGAGACCUGGGCCCAGCAAAAAGGCAGGGACACUUUUUUGGCUCACCCUGUAGUAGGUAUACGCCUGCCCCAUACCCAUAUACAGGCCCUAUAAAAUGUCCAAAAAUGCCUAAGAAAUAUGCCUUAAUAUCACGUAGUAGGCGAAAUGGGAAGUAGGCAAAAUGGGAAGUAGGCGAAAUGAGAAGUAGGCGAAAUGGGUUGUAGGCGAAAUGGGUGUAGGCGAAACAGGAGUAGGCGAAAUGGGUGUAGGCGAAGUGGGCGUAGGCGAAAUGAGAGUAGGCGAAAUGGGAUGUAGGCGAAAUGGGAUGACACCAUUGGAAGUGUCAAAUAUGUUUUGAAACAGCCAAUACAACUACAUGUUUGGUAAGUAAUUUUGUUGUUCUGCAGCAAGUUUUCAAAUGGUGCUUUAUAAUUUGUAACUGAUUGUGUUUACUGCUUUGACAUGAAAAAUUAAAGAAAUAAAUGUGCA